UGGCGUCACACUCGCACAUGAAAUGUCCACUUCCUACUCGCUAUAAAGUAAAAACUGCAACAAUCAGCCUGAGGAAGCAGCACAAAGCCCAGAUAUUGCAGCAUUUCUCUGCUUCCAGUUGUGAAGGAGGCUGAAGUAAGAGGCGGGUCUCGGUUUGCUGGGAGAAAAACCAUUGCGAGAAUCCACAAACUGCACCUGGAGAAAUGAUCCCCUUCAGACUCACACUGGGAGUAUGAGCAGAUCCUCUUACCUGCAACAAAGGACCAAAAGGAAACUUUAGAAGGAGAAUGUUUAGCUUCAGGCUCGUCUACAUUUUCUCAUACAACCUGUCCCAGUUCUGUGGACACACAUGGAUACUGGCUAAUAUUAUAGCCAGGUUUCUCACGUUUGGCCAUGAUGCCUUAGCGGACACAUUUUACUCUGUUGGCUUUGUGAUGAGUCUGUGCCAGCUGCUCUCCAUCCUGGAGCUUUUCCACAUCGCUGAUGGGAUUGAGAAAGCCAGACUUCUUCCUCGCUUCGUCCAAGUUAUGGAGAAGAACCUCCUGCUGAUCAUCGUCAUCAUGCUGGAGGAGAUCCAGAGUAAACCAGUCGUAUGUGUACAGUUCUUCUUGUGGAACAUUCUGGACCUCCUACGGUACCCACAUGAGCUGCUGUGUGUUAUGGACAAACCCUCCAUCACCAUGCUGUGGAUUCGCUACACACUCUGGAUUCCAUUAUAUGUCCUGUCAGUGGCCAAUGAAGGUGUCACUAUAUACCAGGCCCUGCCUUACGUUGAGCCAACAGCACCAACCUCGGCACACAUUCACCUCCCCUUCCUCCCGAUGCUCUACCUGCCUGUUCUCGCUCUCGGGGCCUCUGUAACAGUCUGGCAGCUGCUGAAGGAGAGACAACAUCACCUGGAGAAAUGGAACAAGAAGAUGAAGAUGAAAUGACACCUCAAAUCAAAAGAGUGAAUGUUUUGAUGUUCUUUUUUUCUUUCUUUUGAAAGGUUUUUGAAAAGAUAAUUGAGACUUGAAAAGUGAUAUAUAUGAGAUUUUAAAGAUUAAUGAAGCAGCAAACAACUAUUAUGUAUAUAAAGACACAGCGGAGUCACUGUGUCCUGAGCAGAGAAUGACGACACACUCCCUCUGCCUGUGUUGUUAUCACAGCCUCUCUGUGGUUUGUUUACAUAGCAUGGUCCCGUCUAUGGAGUCUGGUUGGCCAUUUGUUUUGAUGCAGUUCUCUAUUGCAACAACUAGUAGCAGUUUUGUAUAUAUAACCUUUAACGAGCUGAGUUUGAUGUCAUCAAUAAAAUAUAUAUUUAA